UUGAUUCCUAGUUUUGUUUUUGUUGUUUUUGUUGUUUUUUGUUUUUCCUGUUUCUGGGAUAUUGAAGUAAAAUGACUGUUUCACAGAUCACAAAAGGAGACGUUUGUUCCAUGUCGCUUCAUGGGGUUGCUGAAAAGUGAAACAUGGUUCUUUUGAUGAACUAUAGGGGUUAAAUCUCUGCAUUUUCUCCCUUUUUUGAGCCCAUUACUGAAGAGCUUCACCUCUGGGCUUCCAAGGUAGGAUCUUCAGUGCCUUGCUGUAUCGCCUUACUGGGGUUUAUGGUUUCUCCGUAAUCACAGAAACCCACAUAACAAUAUUGAUUUGCCCCAACUUUUUGUGGGUUGCUCUCUGUUUCAGUGAAAAAGGGUUGUUUUCCUUGUUUUUAAAUCUGUGAUAGGUUUUAUUGGGUUCUCUUAUUGCCACAUUUUCAGAUACUGUAUUACUUCAUCAAGAAUCCAUAAGAAAGGGUCUUCACCAUGGGCUAUUUGAGUUUGUUUUUGCUGAUAUUUCUUUCAUGGAAUUUCUUCAUCUUGGGUACCCAUCAACUGCAAUCCUCUCAAACCCAAGUGCUUCUUCAGCUAAGAAAGCAGCUGGAGUAUCCAGUUCAGUUAGAGAUUUGGAAGGACCAUACCUUAGAUUUCUGUUAUUUAUCAUCUUCCACACAAGUAAACAUCACCUGCCAAGACAGCUUUGUCACAGGGAUCAAGAUUAUGGGUGAUAAGACUGUUAAGGAUAGUAAUUUUGAUGGGUUUGCCAUUCCAACUGUAACUCUAUCUGGGGCCUUCUCUAUGGAUUCUUUUGUGACAACUCUGGCCAGGCUAACCAGCUUGAGAGUUCUUAGCCUGGUGUCUUUGGGCAUUUGGGGUCCACUGCCAGACAAAAUUCAUCGGUUAUCUUCACUUGAAUACUUGGAUUUGAGUUCCAAUUUUCUCUUUGGUUCAGUUCCUCCUAAGAUCUGUACAAUGGUGAAGCUUCAAGCUCUUUCACUUGAUGGCAAUUACUUCAAUGGUACAGUGCUUGAUUGCUUGGAUUCACUAUCGAAUCUAACAGUUCUGAGCCUGGGGAACAAUCAUUUGAAUGGUCCAUUCCCGGCUUCAAUUCAGAGGAUCACCACUCUCAGUGAUCUUGAUUUCUCAGGCAAUGAGAUAUCUGGAAAAUUGCCUGAUCUAGGCAGGUUAACUAGUCUUCAUUUGCUGGAUAUGAGUAAAAAUAAAUUGGAUUCCAAACUACCUGCUCUGCCCAAAGGGGUGGCCAUGGCUUUCCUCAGCAACAACUCUUUCAUGGGUGAGAUUCCUCAGCAAUAUAGCCGACUAGUUCAACUUCAACACCUUGAUUUGUCAUUCAAUUUUCUCACAGGACCACCCCCAGAAGCACUUUUCUCUUUGCCCAACAUCAGUUACUUGAAUUUGGCAUCAAACACUUUGAGUGGAUCGCUUUCCAACCAUAUACACUGCAGCAGUGAGCUUAGCUUUGUCGACAUAUCAAAUAAUAAGUUAACAGGUGGAUUGCCUUCAUGUUUGAGCACUGCAUUAGAUAAGAGAGUUGUUAAUUCUGAUGGGAAUUGUCUGUCCAUCAGUUUCCAGCACCAGCAUCCUGACUCUUACUGCAUGGCAGUCCCAGUAAAGAAGAAAGAAUCGAGAAGCAAAGAUAUGGGAAUAUUAGUGGCUGUCAUUGGGGGGGUCUUUGUUGCUACUCUGCUUCUGGUUUUUGGCUCUUUCUUUGUGUGUAAAAGAUGUUGUUCACGGAGUAUAUCGGAGCAGCAUUUAUUGCAUAAGACCGUGCAAGAGAACUCGACAACUGGGUUAUCCUCUGAGCUACUAACAAAUGCAAGGUUUAUCCCUCAAGUAGCCAAAUUGGGAACAGAAGGUGUUCCAGUGUGCCGGGUGUUUUCUUUGGAAGAGUUAAGGGAAGCUACAAACAACUUUGAUCGGUCUACCUUUAUGGGUGAUGGUUCAAAUGGGAAGCUUUACAAGGGACGAUUGGAGAAUGGAACCCAAGUAGCUAUAAGGUGUCUGCCUUUGUCAAAGAAGUAUACAAUCCGAAAUCUUAAGCUGAGGUUGGAUUUGAUUGCAAGGCUUCGCCACACACAUUUGGUUUGCCUUUUGGGGCAUGGUAUUGAUACUGGUGGUCGAGAUGAUUCCAGUGUAUACAAAGUUUUUCUCAUUUACGAGUAUCUGCCUAAUGGGAACUUCCGCAGUCAUCUCUCUGAGAAUGGUCCAGAAAAGGCUCUGAAAUGGUCAGAGAGAUUGUCUGUUCUAAUUGGAGUUGCCAAGGCUUUGCACUUUCUGCACACUGGAGUUAUUCCUGGUUUCUUCAACAAUCGACUGAAGACGAAUAAUAUUUUGCUGAAUGAGCAUGGGAUGGCAAAGUUGAGUGACUAUGGGCUCUCCAUUAUCUCAGAAGAGAAUGACAAACAUGGGGAAAAAGGGGAUGGCCUGAAGUCAUGGCAAAUGACAAAAUUAGAGGAUGAUGUGUAUAGCUUCGGAUUAAUAUUGCUCGAGUCAUUGGUUGGACCGUCUGUUUCUGCAAGAAGGGAAGCGUUUCUGCAAAAUGAAAUGGCAUCUUUUGGGAGCCAGGACGGGCGGAGAAGAAUAGUGGACCCAACUGUACUUGCUACUUGUUCACAAGAGUCUCUAUCCAUUGCCAUUUCCAUAACAAACAAAUGCAUUUCUCUUGAUUCCUCGACCCGCCCAUCUGUGGAGGAUAUCCUCUGGAACUUGCAGUAUGCAGCACAAAUCCAAGCCACAGAGGACGGCGAUCAGAGGUGAUGAGGUUACUUCCAUGUCUUCUUCUUUGGCCAGCUCCUAGGUCACCAUUGUAAAGGGCAAGAGCUUUCUUACUUGUUGCAUAGAUUAAUCCCUUCUAGUUACUCAAUUGCAUUUCCAAAUAAAAUUUUCAGAUAUGCUUUCUUAAGGAUGAACGGAUGCAGGAGACUUUGUAAAGUUA